UUUUUCACUGUCAUGUGGGAUCUUCAUCCAGGAUUUAUGUAAUCUCAAACAAGCUAUAAAUGAGUUUGGAAACGUUCCCCCCAUCAGAUAUGACUUCCACCGCGUCUUCAUCAGUUUCGGACGAGAGGACACCGUUAAUGCGGUCAGAUUCUGCUCUUUCUCGACAAACAAGCGCACAUCAGUCGACGUCUGGCAUCUUCCGUGGACACUUACCAUCAAUGAAUCGAAACCGAAACUCGCUCUUUCCGCUGGCUUGCAUUAUUCUAGCGGUGGUUCUUGAAAGAAUAACUUUCUACGGGAUCCUAGCGAACUUGGUUUUGUACCUUAUAAACAUGACUAAGUUUAGCCAGUCUGCUGCCGUUGGCACAGUUAUGAUUUUUACUGGGAUGGCCUGGCUAAUGUCGACAGUGGGAGGGAUUGUAGCAGACUCAUACAGUGGCCGAUAUAAUGCUGUUUGGGGGAGUCUAAUGAUCUAUAUCGUUGGUGCUGGAAUGAUUUUUUAUUCAGCUCUUCUUACAGACACGCAAUACCCUGUUAGCGAUGGAUGCAAUCAAUUGAUAGUACUUUUAGCUUUGUUGGUAAUUUCCAUUGGAGAGGGUGCGUACAAAGCUAACAUCACUGCAUUUGGUGCUGAUCAGUUACAAGGACAUGAUGACAACAGAUACCGGCGAUUUUUUAAUUGGUAUUACUGGGGUAUAAACGUUGCGUCUUUCACAGCCUAUGCUGGCCUUGCGUAUGUAGAGCAAGAAUUCACAUUUUCUUUGGCGUUUGGCAUAUUACUGGCUUGCAUUGCUUUGGCCAGUGUCGUAUUCUGUGUCUGUAGGUCACGCUAUAUCACUCAACCUCCUGCUGGACACCUUCUGAAAAAGAUGUAUCACAUUGUGAAAGAAGCAAGGCUUAAGAAAAAGGAAGCAUCUAAGAGGUAUAAUUAAGAAAUGAUAAAUGUGCAGCGUGCAACCAUCAAGUUAGGGGUAAAUGUGGGAGGUUGCUAAGCACAAAAGAAGUGGACAUGUAAGAGUCACACGAGGCAAUAGCCGAGUGCAACUCUAGCUUGUUGAGUGCUUAGUAAACCUCCCAAUGGCAUUCAUCUCUGGAUAGUCGCACAGCUGCAACGUUUACCAUUUAUUUUAUAACAUAAUCAAAAAAGAAAACAUUUCCAUUUCCCUAUGGUUGAGUCAGUCAUCGGUACUGUAGACGAGUUGGUGUAUGCUGUCAUCUGCCUGCGCAUAAACAAAUCAUGACUUUCAAAUACUUGCCUUUGAGUUUUUCUUUUUGGUUGUUAACCCAUUGUCAUCUGCCUGGUUUUCUGGCUACUGUCCUGCUAUAAAGAGCUAAAAAACAAAUCAUGAGCCUUCUGAUUUCAAAUACUUGCCAAAAUUUUGAGAUAGUUUUUUGAGUUUUUCUUUUGCUGAAUCAACUGUUCUCCAUGUUAAGGUAAAUUGCAAAAACAUUUCUUGUUAUCCCAAAUGGUAUCUGUCUACUUGCUCUUACUAUUAGGGUAAAUACUUCGAGGGAAAACUAUAAUUGUAAACAUAAACACUAACUAAAAAACGAUGCAAUGUAAAAUGAUAAUUGCCCAGGGGGAUACUCCGGAUUUCAAGUGACAGGGAUGAUUGAUUGGGGGCAAAAAUCAAAACCCAAAAAAUCCUUGGGGCUAACAUUUAACCCCCCAAAAAAUCCCAUGCCAAAUUUCCAACCCAUAAAAAUUUUCAGGAAGCAUUAAAUGAUAUAACACGAAAAAUAGGAACAUUGGUAACAAUGUUUGUGUUUGUUUAUUCGUCACACUGUCGGGAGUAAGAUCCUUUUUUGCAUCUGGUGGUCAUUGUAACAACACUUGAGACACACAGAACAUAUUCUUCAUAUUAUUCAACCGGUUUUAUGAAAAAGAUGCAAUGUAAAGCAUUAAAUAUUAAAGUAGUCACAAAACAACUUUGGUUUUACUUUAUUUGUGGAACUACGCAGCUGGGAUACGCAGGGACUAUAACAAAUCUUCAGAUUGUUUUGAAGACCCAAAAAAUCCCUACUUAAAUCAAGCUACAUGUACCAAAAAAAAUAGUUGCCUACCCAAAAAAAUCCUUCAAUCAUCCCUGUCACUUGAAAUCCAGAGUACCCCCCUCCCACCUUGGGGAUAAUUGCGUGAAAAUGUUUGCAAUACACAUAACGUAGAAAUGAGAAAAAUUGACUGUAUGUAUGUAUUUCCUUUAGAAUAACAGGUAACGCUAAUUUUAAAAGGAAAUUAACUGGCUUCGUAUCGAAAUUUGUCUGGGGAAAUCGGGCUGAAAGUCAAAAUUGCAAAAAUUUGCCCGCACAAAAAUAAUAAACAGAGCAGUCAUUUUUUGAAAAAUUUAUUUGAAAACCCAAAUGUUUCUGUAAUCAAAUGAAAUUUGCUCUACAAUUCCAGCUAAUGUGUCCGUAACUCAACUAAAAUUUUUAAUCAAUCAAAGGUACACAACAAAGCUGUCUCGAAUCUGAGCGUGUUUUCUAAAAUAUUUGCUUGAAUUUAACAGCAACUUGACUAAAAGGUCAAUAACACAGUGCUAAUUGAUGCAUUUCCAUUUCAAAACAGACUUUCUCUUCUAAAACACACAAAAUGUACCUUAAAUGUUGAGCUUGAAUCCUCAAAAAAUUUCACUCACUCAGUUGUUCUUCUGAGCUCCCAGCUGCAAAGGAAACAAUGACGACUUUCUCCAGGGCAAAUUUGUUGCUUGAUCUUUUCACUUUUCUUUGAAACAAAAAGUGAGUAUUUUCUUCAACUUCUACUUUUCAUUUGUAUAUUAUUUUCAUCGGUGCAUUUUAAACCGCACAGGAGAGGAGUUUACUGAAUUUGCCUCCAUUUCACCAUGCUAGCUUUUCUUUGAAUGCACCAACGGGCAAAUGGUGGAUGGCUAAGUGACCAAUAAGAGCACACGCUUUACUUUGUGAUGUUAUAAAGAUAUGCAUACCCUUCUGCUGUGGUUUAAAUUUAUCCAUGAUACAAACUGUUUUCUUUUGCAACAUUUAUGGACCAUUAGCAAAACCUAUGGGGGAGGGGGCAUGUGAAGUGCAAAACAGAUAUUUGCGGAAAAAAUUACCUGCACACCAUGUAACCCUAACAUAUAUUCAUGCACUGGCCCUAAAAAAAAUUUCACAUAAAGGAAGUGUUAAUGAGAAAAAUUCAUGUGGCUUGAAAAUUCCUCACACCACUCCCCCAUAACUUUUUUAAUGGUCACUCCUAAAUGGUUUGACUGAAGAAAAAAUUCACUGUCAUAAAGGAAUAGUUAUUUGAAGUGUUAAUCUACUGCAUAACUUUUUUAAUGGUCACUCCUAAAUGGUUUGACUCAAAAUAUCAGUCACUGUCAAAAAUAGUCCCAUUUAGGAUUAUACAAGGGCUGUCACUAAGAUUUCAUGUUGAAGGGUAUCUGCCAUUAGUAGGUGGGGAUUUGAACAACUAGGAAAUUCUUUUGGUUUAAUAGGCCCUUUGCACUGAGAGGUCAUGUGACAUCAUGUUUAUGAAAAUGAAAGUGGGCUUCCAAAUUUAUAAAUGAUUUUGCCUUUGAAAAAGCAGUGAAAGAAAAUAAAGGGUCAUAUCCAUUAGUAGGUGGGGAUUUGAACAAAAAUAAUAGUGAUUUGGUUUUUCAAACCUUUUAAAAACAAUUAGCGGGUCAUUUUCAAAACAUUUGAGUAAGUUCAUAGCUGGUCACGUGACCAAAAUGUGAUUUUUAAAAUUAUGAAUUACCUCUUUCUGAAUGCAAAUUUUGCACUUAUGCUUCAAGGAAAAUGUCGAAAAGAUGAUGUGGUAAUGUUUACAGCACAUCUGAGCGUAACUAUCAAACUUUUAACAAGGUAUCAGCAAAAAGUAGUUUUGGCCGCCAUGUUGGAGCGCAAGAGUAUGCCCUCCAAUAUAGCAGCCAAUACAAAUCAUACUACUUUGUUGAAAAAUCAAAGUGCCAUAAAAUACCUCCCUUCAAUGCGUUUCCUUUCAAAUUGCGGGUGUAAGAUAAUAUUUAUUUUUAUGUGCUCUGUCAAUUUUUGGUAUCAGCAAGAUUCCAACUCAUUGUUUAAAUGAAGCAUUGGUCAUGUGACCUCUUAGUGCAAGUGGCCUUAUAAAAGUAGCAAGAGGAGAUGCUCCUAGUAGCCAUGGGGAAUCCCCACCUCUCAGCCCUUAGUGACUGCCUUGUUAUCCACAACUGGACAAACAUACUCCACCUGCUUAUGUUGUCUUUUGUGACUUGAUAAUGGUGUAAUGUUGUUCUUGUGACUUGAUAAUAUUGUUCCAGUAACUGGUUUGUGUACAAAACAGAAAGCCUUUAAUAGAUGUCAUGUGACAAAAAUUAAUUUGAGCAAAACAAAGAAAACACAUGACUGUUUGAUUGGUUCCUUGAACAAGUCAUAAAAACUGUGGUCAAUUUAAUAAACUUUUACAAGUAUAGCUUUGUUUUUGAGUCUUAAAGCAUCAGCUAGGCUUGCAAACUACACUUGUAAAAGUUUUAUUAAACUGACAUUAAAUUGACCUCUGAUUGAAAUAAUGAAUACAUGGAUUAGUACUUGUCAAGAAAUAAAUUUCAGUGAAUCCUUCCAGUGAAGAUUUCCCUUACAUUUAUUUCUUAAUUCCACAAUUCAAAUAUCUGAAAUUCAUAUAUUCAUCAUUUCAUCUUCAUUUUUUUCUUGUUUGUUUUAGUACUCAAUUUUCAUUGGCUGGGAAAGAAGAUUUGAUUUAGGCCAAAAAAAUAGUUGAAUUCAUGAAUAAAUUACACUAGUGAGAGCCAAUCAAAACUGCAAGGAUCACUGGUGGUUUCAAACAUGAUGUAAUAAAUCUCAUAAUUAUUCAUCAUCAUACAAACCAAAAAAAAAAAUUAUAAUUAUCAGCAAUAUUUACCUCAACAUACCCACCAGUAUUAUGUUGGUUUGGUACUCGAAACCAACCCUUUCUGUCCCUCUGGUUAUUUCUUAUGGGGAGUUUAGGAAAGAACUCUCUGUCAAACAACUCAAUCCCUUGACACCUCAUUUAGCAUUUUGUCUAUUCACAAGGUUGGGGUUUGAGGAAACUUCUUGGGAGCUCAGAAGUCUUAAACCUCUGAAUUCUGGUGCCCAAGGCAAAAUGCCUGAAAGAUUCAAUCUUCUCUUUGUGUAUGCUAAUACAGUGAAACCACUAUUAAGCGGACACCUUCACGGGCCUUCCCAAGUGUCUGCUUAAUAGAGGUCUGUAAAAAUUGUGCAAUGUUUGUAAACUAUUAACUUUCGACACUUACUCUGUACUGUGAUAAAGUUCCAUGUUGUUAAGGAAGCUGUGCUGUACUUUGUGCAAGACUUUCGGUCGAAUCUACAGUUUAUUGACAGCUAAAUGCAUUGAUUUAUCUUUGUUAAUCGACUAAAGUUCCAUGUUGUUAAGGAAGCUGUGCUGUACUUUGUGGAAGACUUUCGGUCUAAUCUACGGUUUAUUGACAGCUUAAUGCAUUGAUUUAUCUUUAUUAAUCAGCUACAGUACGUAUUUCAAGGACGUAAUCCAAUACUACUUUUGUCAAUUCCGUCCAGUGUCCGCUUAAUAGAGGUUAUUAGCAAUAGAAAUUAGCCAAAUACAAUUUAUUUUAGUGUCCGUGUCCGCGCUUAAUAGAGGUGUCACUGUAUAUCCUUCACUCUUAUACUUUCCCACAUUUGUUUCUCAAGAGAACCAUUCUUUUCAAUGCAGCUGUUUUCUUUGUACCAUUUUAGGGAAAACAGCCCUCAAUUUUACCCAGGCCUACAGGAGUACAUGCCCACUACAAAGAGCUGGCUGGAUCAUGCCAUGAUGAAAUAUGGUGGAACUUAUUUGGAUACUGAUGUGGAGGAAGUCAAGACAAUCGGUAGAAUUAUGAUCAUUUUUGCCAUCUUUAUUCCAUAUUGGACAAUCUAUUUUCAGGUAAUUGCCAGUGACAUAAUUUUCAACAACGUUCUGAACUGUUUUUGCCAUAAAGCAGUGUUGGAAAUUAACUGCUAAUGGGUGAUGCACAUAAAUUGGCCUAAAGUUGUCUUUCAAUGUUCUUGCUUUACCUACAGAGAAGAGGAUUCCGUAAAGUUUGAAAGUAACAGCUCUCAUUACCAUUAGGAUUAACAGCCUUUGUUUUUUGAGAAAUAACGUUUUCCAUAGUUCGUCAGUAGAAUGUUUGAUAAAGUUGCAUGUCAGGCAAUGUACAUGCUAGUGUGGCUCCUUAUUUAAAAGAAAUGAAUGGAGAACUAAAUUUUGUGCAAGCUGUUAAGGUUUUAUUAAGGAAAAUUACCUUACUGCCACCUAAUUUUGCGGAUCUUUGAUUUUGCAUUUUUCAAUUCACAAAAUUCAAGACGGUUCAUAAAUAGAAAUCCGCGUAAAUUUUUAUACCCAUUUAGAACUUUCAAAUCAUAGAAAUAAUGAGAAACGUAUAACAACAACAUUAUGUGUAUGAACAAAAAACACAAAACUGGUUUCACUGGUAAGUUCCAUUUUGUAUCUUCUGUUGUGAAAUAACAUUUAUUUGCAAAGAUUUACCUAGAAAUUUUUAAAAGUUUAGAGAUUCUGAAAACUGAGAUAAAGUUGAGAACGUUUCAGUCACAAAAUUUAAUACCCUUUUUCAUAUUUAACGAUUGAGAUUGCGAAAACCCUGUAAAAUACUGUCUUGUCAAAAUCAUGCAAUUAAGUACCCCUGAAAUUAAGUACCAAUAAGGCAGCCCAAUGCUCUGAACUGGUGAAAUCCAGGGUCCCCUAGCUAUUGAUUUUCAUAAAAAAAGUAGUCACCUCCUAGUCAUCCAAGAGCACAAGUUCUCGGCACCACAGGCCACAGGGCACCACUGGAGCACAGCCCUGAGGCUCCUCUUACGUAGAUGUGGGUUAGUAAACUGAGCCAACAACAUGACCUUCUAGUAAGUCUGAGUUUCUCCUUGUCAUGUCCCUUGAUCAACCUAUUUCUAAUCUUAACUACAAUGUACUCUGAUCACUAACAUCCAGUUAAACAGUACAUCAUUUUACAUGUUCUAGAUGAAUUCCACUUUUCUGCUUCAAGGACUCCACAUGAGACUAAGUUUUGACCCACAUGAUAUGACAGAGGACAUCGAUGAGGCUCAUGUUAUACCUGCGUGGCUGACUCUGGUAGAUGUCUCUUUUGUUCUGAUCUUGAUUCCCAUCAUGGACAAGCUGGUUUAUCCCUGGCUGGAUAGAAAAGGAUGGGGUUUGAGCAUUUUCACUCGAAUUUCGAUUGGUAAACCAUCUGUGGUCCUUAUCUUUUGCAUCUAAUAAUAAUAAUAGUAAUAAUAACAAUCUUUAUACGAGGAGCUCUCUUCACAAAGAGUGAUAUUCAGUGAGGCCCUGUGAGGACCUGCCUUUUCUGGAAACAAGGCCAAACCCAUAAAAAUGUGUGGAGUUUCGUAUGUGUUUGUUUGUUUUCUUACUGAACAUUACAAGUUCUAAACAACACUGUAUUAAUAUUAUGGAUAAAGUAAAACAAAUCUCUGCCACUUAACAUUGGUGACUCUCAGCAUUAUGAAUCACAGUUCCCUGUCUUCCGUGAUUUUCUUCUACAGUUUGUUACAGUUUUAAUUAUUAUUAUCAUGAUAAUAAAAUUGUACAUCAUCAUCAGAUGGUAAUUGCAAUUAGAACCCACAAAAAGGGACACUAGUCGGAUGCAUUUUCACCCUGACCAAGUUAGGGUGGUGGAGUAAUAUUCAAGACCAACAGUAACUUCCAGCUAUCAUUAUCCAUUGUCAGUCACAUGUCUACAGAGCCUAGCAGAGAUAGUGGCAUUUUUUAUAUUUUCCUAUUAUUAUGAUUAUUAUCUUUAUCACCAUCAUUAUUCAUAAUGGUAACAGGACUGAGUGGAGUCCAAUUCAGUCUGUAAUCAUAGGAGUGAUUAACAAAAUCGCGGGAGUCCGAUUUGUUUAAUCACGAGCAUGAUUACUGACCGAAUUGAACGACACGAAGUUCUGUUACCAAUUAAUCAUAACUUUAACAAAAUUUGUGAUAUAAUAGGCUAUUUUUUAAAUCAAAACACAAGAAAUUCGAAAUUUUGUUUUGCUAGCUGUGAAAAAAAAAGCCAUUUAAGCGCACGCGUGAUGGCGCGUACUGUCGAAUUACUUAGGCAUGACUCGUACUGUCAUAUUAAACUGUCCAAUUAAGGCUGAAAUCAGGGCAGUUGAUAACCAAUCAGAUUUGACAAUUUUGUUAUAGUUAUGGUUAUUACUAUUAUUGUUGUUGUUGUUAAUAUUAUUAAUUAUUAUUGUUAUAGUCAUGUACACUUACUCAGUUUUGAUGGUCAACCAGAAAAAAAUUCCCUUCGAGUGCGUUACAGCUAGUAACCGCGGGUCACAAGGGUCUGGCCAUCUUUCACAUCUCAAGGACUCUUUGUGGUAUUCUUGCAGUUCCUAGUAAUGUGGUCUUCUGCACAUGCCCUGGUCUUACCCUUACCAAUAUUCUGAAGCGACUUAUUCAGGACUUACCAUGUAUUCAACUCGCAACCAACUGGUACAGCAAUGUCAAUUAUUUUACAGACUCUAUCCUCCUUCCCCAGAAUUACAAUAUCUGGUCUUCUAGCCUCUGUUUUGUGGUCGCAUUGUAUGUUAAAUCCCACAACACGUGAAUCUUAUCCAUCUCCAACACACUCUGGGGCUGAUGCUCAUACCAUUUAUCUGCUAUGCCCAUCCCGUUCACACCACAUAAUUCCCAAUGAAUCAUUCUGGAGACAUUGUCAUGUCUCUUCUUAUACUCUGUUUGCGCGAGUUUGGCGCACUCACCAAUGACAUGUCUAACACUUUUACCUCUCUCGUGAUGCAUUUUACACAAUGCAGAUUCCAUACUCUUGUCCACUUGAAACUUCACAUAAUUCGUCCUCCAGGCUUCUUCUUAGGCCACACGGAUGAGAGUUUUAGUGCUGGAUUUAAGAUCAGCUUUUUUUUAGCAAAUUCCGUAUUCCGUUGAUGUCAGCACCCUCUUCUUCCAGCUGCCUCAAAAACCGGCUAUGCAUUUUCUUUUCACUCCAAGAUUUCACUUGUCUUCUACUUCUUCCUUUUAAAUUUUUUCUGCUUUUACAGCAGCUUCUACAUCUACCACUCCUGAUGCUUUCGCUGUCUCUAGCAACUGCCCCCUAUUACUGUUCCUAACGUACCAUCCAACACUGCUAUCUUUGCUCUGGACACAUCUUUUACAACUUAUUAAACCCUGUCCACCUUUUUCUCUUGGCAUAUAGAGUCUGUUAUUAUUAUUAUUAUUAUUUUUAUUUUUUUUUAUCAACUUUUUGAUGCUUUUUAUAAUUGUUAUUAGUAGUCUUUAGAUAUUCAUUUUACAACAAUUCUCUUUCGUAGACAAGAAAAAUGUACAUAGGGUAUAUAUUUUAAUAUUUCAUAUUUUUGAAUCUGUAAAUAGUCUAUUUUUUUUUUUUUUUAAAUCUAUGAAUAAAGUUUUGUUUUAUUUAAAAAAAAAAUUAUUAUUAUUAUUAUUAUUAUUAUUAUUAUUAUUAUUAUUAUUAUAUUAGUAAAAUCCAACUAGAGGUCUAUUAACAAUGCUGCAUUCUGAUUGGCUGAGGUACUACUAGGCUAUACGUUAUAGCCCACUAGUAGCGAAUAGUGCAGGCUUUUUGGCAGAAAAAAAGGGAUUUAAGUCUAGCUUUAACUAGGUAAAGUUGUUUUGUCUCGAUUUUUUUGACCAACUAGUGGGAUUUUACUAAAGCAAUUAUUCCUCUCGCCCUCGUGGCCUCUGAGUCAAUAGCCCGUUGACUCAGAGCCCAUUCAGGCUCGAGGAAUAAUUGUUAAUUAUUACUAUUAUUAUUAUUAUUAUUAUUAUUAUUUUUAUUAUUAUUACAACAUUUCAAUGCUCUCCUUCUUAUGAGAGAUGAAAGAUGUUUUACAAGUACCAUGUCAUUGAUUAUUGCAUUUCACAUUUCAGGCUUUUUGUUUGCUGUUGGUUCAAUGGUGGUUGCUGGAAUUGUUGAGAUUAAGAGACGUAAUGAUGAUCAUCAUUGUGUGACUCAAACUAUUGCUAAUGUGAACUACACUGCUUGUAUGUCCAUCUACUACCAAAUUCCACAGUACGGACUCAUUGGAGUAAGCGAGGUUUUUGCAAGUGUUGCUGGUAAGUAUUUAUCGUUUUCCCAUGUGGCUGUUUUAUUAUUUUGAUGGAUUGCCUGUAGAUAGAGUUCACGUAGGUUGAAAUCCUUGCUGGACAAACACCCGUUCUUAAAUUAUCUCUCAGCAUAAAAAUUUUGAUGCUUCUGCUAUUCUUUCUCGAUCGCAAAACAGCCAACAUUACCCACCUCCCAUCAAAAACAACCAAAUGUUAAACUAACAAUAAACAACUGUUAAACUGUGACAAAAAAGAUGGAUCGAAACACACCAUCGGCAUUUAAGAGUCUUCAUAGCCAAUAACAUCACAGCUUAUCUGAGAGACGACCAAUAACAUCGCGACUAUAUUGACCAAUCAAGUCAAUAACGCGAGUUUGAUACCAUUAACUGACGUGAUACAACUCACUUUGACCACCGCACCCUACCGCACAGGUUGUUAAAAAGUCAACAGCAGUCCUAUUCAGGACUACGAUCACCCGAUCAUGCUUCACUGACUUUUGAAAUGACUCCUGGGUUCAAACCUUUCACGCUGUUAAACUUAAGUUGGAAAUUAACCUUUCUUCAUUAAAUUUUGAAAGCCUGCUAACGCUGCUGACAGAGUUCUCGUAAAGAGUUAGUUGCCACAAACAAAGUCAGUAAUAUUGAUUGUAUUUUAGCCCUAGAGUUUGCCUACAGAGAAGCACCGAAGACCAUGCAAAGUUUAGUUAUGGGACUGUUCUUUUUUGUCCAGUCUAUUGGCAGCUUGCUUGGCGGUGCUUUGUAUGAGCUCUGCUCCUUAGGAAAGCACAGCUGGACUCCUCAUUUGGGCAAUAUGACUUCUCGUCCACAAGCUCUUAAAAACCACUUAGACUACUAUUUCUUUCUCCUGGCUGGAUUGCUGUUUGGUACCUGGAUAAUUUUCCUUGUUGUUACUCUGAGGUGUAAGUUUCCCUUCAGGCAAUCAAAUCGUAGGAGGACUAUACCAGUAAUACGGAAAUCACAGGAAAAUCUGCAUACCACAUCUUGAGAUAUGAAACAUGUACAAUUACAUGUAGGGUAAUUAUAUUAAGAGUUUCAACUUCUAAUGCUUAUGAGCUGCCAGUAAGAACUACUAUAAUUUAUACUGUAUAACAAAGUGCCAUGACUUGCCGCUUAUAAGCCCUAGGCUUAUAAAUCUUCGUAAGGGGUUUUGGGCUUAUUUAGCAAACGGCAAACGUCAGAUUCAAGUUGAGAAUUUCUCAAAAUAGAAAAUGAACCGAUAAAAACAGCUCAAAACUAUUCUUAAGGAUAAAAAUUCCGGUGAAACUACUAAUUUAUGUGUCAUAAUAAUGAACAGUAAACGACAAGUAAUGGGGAAACUUGGUGACGUGGCACAAAUUCGCGUUUGACGUAAAAGUGAUGCUCAACCUCUCUAUUAACGGAAAGGCUUACGUCCGAGGGCGGUUAUAACUGGAAUAGAAUUAGCACUGAAGCGGUGCUGAUCAAAAUACGUUUUGACUUUACUGGUAUUUAAGUAAACUUCAGAACGUCAUAAUAAAUCGAAUCUAUUUCAAUACUAGUGAGGGAGGGGCUUAUGAUUGGAUGCACGUUUUUGAUAGGUAAAUGGUCCUAUAACUACCCAGGGGGAGGGAGAUCUGAUAAGCGGGAGUUUACUAUAGUCCACAUAGGGUAAUAACAAUGUAAACUUGUUAUGCUUUCAAGCUGCCAGUAAAAACCUUUAAAAUUUUAUUUUAUAAUGUAGGAUACAAAGUCAGUGACAAAAUUUUGGGGACACUGUCCUCAAAUGGGGUAACUUCGAAGAACAGAACAAUCCACACCCUCACCCUCCCCUCCCUUCAAAGUAGGGGUGGUGGUUUGUUUCCUAAAGGUGCCUGAACAGUGGCGGACAUUGCAAAGAAGAAGUGGCAAAACGUCAGGUAGGCCCUUUAGUGCAAAGUGUUUCAGCUAAUGUUGUCGCUGAUUGCUGGUUCAGUAUGGGGAAAAAAACAACUAAGCAACAAAACGUUCAGAUUUUGAUAACUUAAAUGACUUCAUAUGAUAACUGAAAAUUGUACAAAGUGAGAAGGGGCUUACAGAAAUGGUUGGUUAUAUUUUUUUGGUCAAAAUUGGCAAUAUUGGCUUUUUGAAACUUAAAUUUCCUCUCGCCUCGUCGCUCCUCCAAUAAAAACCAUUCUCUGAUCUUACCUGAAAUGACGUCGUUAGUAGUAUAUGUACUUCGGUUUACAGUGAUAUUUAGUAUUCAAAUUAAUGGGGUAAAGGGUAUUUAGGUGAAAAAAUAAUAGUUCAAUAAUACCAUCCCCUUCCCCCACCUUAAUAAUAAAUAAAUAAUAAAUAAAGGUCUGUAUUGGUUUUUAAGCAAAAAUGCAUGCUAAAAACCAAGAACACUUACAUUAAAAACAGCAAAAAGAAUUACAAGGCUUUUAAAAUUCCAUGUAGAAG